AUGUUGUAUACGGCAUUUCAUCGAAUGAAAAAAAAUCAAGGUGGUCUUAUUUCGUUCAACAAUUUUUUGUCGACAAGUACAUCAAAAGAAGUUGCACUAUGUUUUGCUCAAAAUGCUCUAAAGAAAUCGGAAAAAGUGGCUAUUCUAUUUGAAAUGACUAUUGAUCCAUCGAUAUCAUCAGUACCAUUUACAUCACUUGAUAAACUCAGCUAUUUUCAAGAGAAAGAAAAAGAAAUACUCUUUUCAAUGCACACUGUCUUUCGUAUCGGUGAAAUAAAACCAUUGGAUGAUAAUAAUGACAAUUCACGAUUUUGGCAUGUUUAUUUAACAUAG